GUGUUUGGAAAACCCUAACAUAUAAUUUUCAAUGCAGACCAGACCUUCAACGAAGAGGAAUUGAUACCUGUUCAAUGCCACUUCAAUGAUUCAGAUGAUGAGGUUAAUGAUGAUAGUUUUCAGUUUGACAGGAAUGCACCUGAACGCAUUGUGGUAGGAUUUAAUGCAGACCCGACACUUGAAUUCGAGGCCACAAGUACAGAGGAGUUGGGGUUGUCGGAUGGCUAUUGUUCUUGUGAGGAGGAAUUACAUACUGAUAAUUCUUCUAGCGAAGAAAAGAAUUAUCGCUUUCCCAUUUAUGAUGCUAAAAGAGAAAAGUAUGACCCGCAAUUAGAGGUUGGGAAGGAGUUCAAAAAUAUUGAGGAGUUUAAACAAGCUAUUAGGAAUUAUGGGGUUGUAACUAGGCAUAAUUUUCGAUUUAGGCCAAAUGAUAAUGAGAGGGCAGAGGCCAUAUGCAAAAAAGACAAUUGCAAUUUUAGGAUUUGGGUGUCGUUGAAUAAGGUGUUUGGUUGUGUGCAAAUAAAGUCUAAGAAUUCAGAGCACACAUGUACGCGGGACAGAACGAAUAGGCAUUGUACUGCUAGGUAUAUAGUUGAGAGGUAUUUGGAGACUUUUAAAGUUGAUCCCGAUUGGAAGACUAGAUUGAUUAAGAAAGCUGUGAAGGAUGAUUUGAAGUUGACAAUCAGCGAUGUUACUACCUGGAGGGCUAGAAGAUAUGCUAGGAUAUUAAUAGAGGGUUCCGAUGAGCACCAAUUUGGUUUGCUUAGGUCUUUUGCAUCUGAAAUUUUGAGAACCAAUCCCGGUUCUACAUGUAUAAUUGCCAUGAAUGUAGACAAGUUUCAAGGAAUAUAUGUUUGUUUAGAAGCUUGCAAAAAAGGGUUCAUAUCAGGAUGUAGGCAGCUUUUAGGGUUGGAUGGGUGUUUUCUGAAAGGCACUUUUGGAGGUCGAUGCUCGUGGCAGUAGCAUUAGAUGCCAACGAUUGUAUUUAUCCAGUAGCAUAUGCUUUAGUGGAGAGAGAGAAUGCUACUGCUUGGAGGUGGUUUAUACAACAUCUGGGCGAAGAUUUGUGGAUUGUUAAUAGUAAUGAGUGGAUUUUUAUGACUGAUAGGCAAAAAGGUUUACAGAACGUGAUAGAGGAUUUAUAUCCAGAGGCUGAACAUCGAUUUUGUGUUAGACACAUGUACACUAAUUUCUUUAUGGCUGAUUUUAAGGGUCUGACUUUGAAAGAGUACUUAUGGAGGGCUGCAAAGUCAACAACAGUGCCUGAUUGGAAAUUCUGGAUGGAUGAAAUUGAGAAGAUGAGCAAAGCUGCACAUGGUUGGUUAAUGAAGAGGCAUCCUAGUGAGUGGAGUAAAGCUUAUUUUCUGACAAAGGUGAAGAGUGAUAUAGUUCUAAAUAAUCUUUGCGAAGUAUUUAACAAUAUGGUGUUGGUGGAUAGGGAAAAGUCCAUAUUAACCAUGUUGGUUGAUUUACAUAUAAGUUUCAUGAAGAGGAUACAAUUAAGGAGGGAUAAAAUGAGAAAAGCUACAGGACCUUUAUGCCCUAAAAUACAACAAAAAUUAAUGAAGAACGCUGAAAUGGCUGAGGGAUUUGAGGUGGAUUGGUCAGGCGGGGCACAAUCUUACGUCAAGUGUUCGAAUGGAGAAUAUGUUGUUGAUUUUCCAAACAGGACAUGUGCGUGUAGGAGAUGGGAUUUGACAGGUAUUCCUUGUGCUCAUGCAAUUGCUGCUAUUUUAGAUAGAUAUGGUGAGCCUUGGAAGUACGUUCAUGAGUGCUAUGGAGUUGAUACCUAUCUCAGUUGCUAUGAGAAUAUUAUUAAUCCUAUAAAUGGGUCAAAGUUAUGGUAUCCAGUACAUGCCCCUCCAAUCAAACCACCAGGUUGGUUUGUGACCAAAAGAGGGAGAAAGCAGAAGAAGAGAAGGAGACAUCAAGAAGAAGAUGUCAUUACCCGUUCGGGCUUAAAGGCAAAAAUGAAGAAACGAGGAACUGUGCUUAUGACUUGUAGUGUUAGUGGAAGAACGGGGCACAACAUGCGAUACCAUCGGAGGCCUGAUGCACCACAAGAGGAUUCGGUUGCUUAUGAUGUCGAGCGUACAAUUCAAGAAAGGUCUAAUCAGAUUAAUGACGACAACUUAAGGGCAAAGCUAGUGCCUAGGAGAUCAAACACGAGUCCAAGAUAUGAAGUUCAACCACCACCACCACCUUCAGCAUCUGAGUUUCAGUUCAUGCCAACACCUGGAUUAGGUCUGACAAAUGAUGCACAAUAUGACUGGAGUGCUCCUCCACUUACUGAGCCAGGUUCUUCAAUGACUGUGAAAGGCAUGUUAACUAGAGCAUUUGUGCAAAUCCCAACUGAAAAUAUCCCAGUCCAGAAUAUGGUGGAAGAUUUGCAACAAAUUGAUGCUCAAGAAAAUGCACAAAAGAGGGCAGCUAGAGCAAAGAAUAGAAAAGUCGUAAGAGGCUCAGCUCGAUAUGCACCUCCAAGGAAAAUGACCCAUGCAGCUACUCAAUAGAAAAACAAUUUGUCAUUAGCACUUUAAAAGUUAUGCCAUAUUUUGCAACAAGCUAGUUGGGAUUGUAAACUGCUACUUAGAUAACUUUAUUGGGC